GAUCUCCGAGCGAGGCAACAAGAUGGACGCGGGAUUCUUCCACGGAACAAGUGCAGAACAGGAUAAUCAGUUCAGCAACAAACAGAAGAAACUACUGAAGCAGCUGAAAUUUGCAGAAUGCCUAGAAAAAAAGGUGGACAUGAGCAAAGUAAAUUUGGAGGUUAUAAAGCCUUGGAUAACAAAACGAGUAACAGAAAUCCUUGGAUUUGAAGAUGAUGUUGUGAUUGAGUUUAUAUUCAACCAGCUGGAAGUGAAGAAUCCAGAUUCCAAAAUGAUGCAAAUCAACCUGACUGGGUUUUUGAAUGGGAAAAAUGCUAGAGAAUUUAUGGGAGAACUUUGGCCCCUGCUGUUAAGUGCACAAGAAAACAUCGCUGGAAUCCCUUCUGCUUUCCUAGAACUAAAGAAAGAAGAAAUAAAGCAGAGACAGAUUGAACAAGAAAAAUUGGCAUCAAUGAAAAAACAAGAUGAAGACAAAGAUAAGAGAGAUAAGAAAAAGAAAGCAUCGAGAAAAAAGGAGAGGUCUCGAAGCCCAAGAAGACGCAAAUCCAGAUCUCCUUCCCCUAGAAGACGAUCUUCCCCUGUCAGGAGAGAGAGAAAGCGCAGUCAUUCUCGAUCUCCCUGACAUAGAACCAAGAGCCGGAGUCCUUCUCCUGCUCCAGAAAAGAAGGAAAAAACUCCAGAGCUACCUGAACCUUCAGUGAAAGUAAAAGAACCUUCAGUACAAGAGGCCACAUCUACUAGUGACAUCCUGAAAGUUCCCAAGCCUGAGCCCAUGCCAGAACCUAAAGAAUCUACUCCAGAAAAUUCCAAAAAAGAAAAAGACAAGACACGGCCAAGAUCUCGGUCACGUUCCAAGUCAAGGUCACGGACCCGUUCUCGGUCUCCUUCUUAUACUCGACCAAGAAGGCGCCAUAGGUCCCGAUCAAGAUCACACUCACCCAGAAGGUGGCCAAGCCCAAGAAGGAGACCAUCUCCUCGAAGAAGAAGCCCACCACGACGAAUGCCGCCACCUCCAAGGCACAGAAGGAGUAGAUCUCCCGUAAGACGAAGGAGGCGGUCAUCAGCAUCGCUGUCUGGGAGCAGUUCAUCAUCCUCCUAAUCUCGUUCCCAGUCACCACCAAAGAAACCUCCCAAGAGGACGUCCAGCCCCCCUCGAAAAACUCGUAGGUUAUCUCCUUCAGCAAGUCCUCCAAGGCGAAGGCACAGGCCAUCCCCACCAGCUACUCCACCACCAAAAACACAUCAUUCCCCAACGCCCCAGCAGUCAAACCGUACAAGAAAAAGUCAUGUUUCUGUGUCUCCGGGGAGACCUUCAGGUAAAGUAACAAAACAUAAAGGUACUGAGAAAAGAGAAUCACCAUCACCAGCACCAAAGCCUAGAAAAGUAGAGUUAUCUGAAUCUGAAGAAGAUAAAGGUGGCAAGAUGGCUGCAGCUGAUUCUGUGCAGCAGCGACGCCAGUACAGACGACAGAACCAGCAGUCUUCAUCUGACUCUGGCUCAUCCUCUUCCUCUGAAGAUGAGCGACCCAAGCGAUCCCAUGUGAAAAAUGGUGAGGUGGGCCGGCGGCGGAGACAUUCCCCUUCCCGAAGUGCGUCUCCAUCACCACGAAAGCGCCAGAAAGAGACCUCCCCUCGGAUGCAGAUGGAAAAACGAUGGCAAUCGCCAGUGACUAAAAGUGGUAGAUGAAGGAGAAGCCCCUCCCCUCCACCUGCCAGAAGACGCCGCUCACCCUCACCAGCUCCUCCCCCUCGGCGGCGCUCACCUUCCCCGAGAAGAUAUUCUCCUCCGAUACAGAGGAGAUACUCUCCUUCCCCACCUCCAAAGAGAAGGACGGCUUCGCCCCCACCCCCUCCCAAGAGAAGGGCAUCGCCAUCCCCACCACCAAAGCGCCGGGUCUCCCCCUCUCCGCCUCCCAAACAGAGAAGCUCCCCAGCCGCCAAGAGACGCUCACCUUCUGUCUCAUCAAAGCCUAGGAAAGGGUCUUCCCCAAGCCGUGCUCCCAGGGAGACCCGGUCACCACAACCA